AUGCCGCAGCAGAUCACCGACAUCAAGCGCUUCCUCGAGAUCGCUCGCCGCAAGGACGCCGUCGCCGCGCGCAUCAAGAAGACGGUCGUCCAGCCCAAGCACAAGGGCCCCGCCAUCACCAAGGCGCAGAAGGCGGCCGCCAAGCCCCACACCGUGACCAAGUUCAAGGUCCGCUGCUCCAAGUACCUGUACACCCUCGUCCUCCACGACGCCGAGAAGGCCGAGAAGCUCAAGCAGUCGCUUCCCCCUGGGCUCAAGGUCGACGAGAUCGCCAAGGCCGCCCCCAAGAAGAAGUAG